AUGUUUGCCAUCGCAAUGGAAAGACUCGUGGCUACGGUAUCUGUUAAGGUGUAUGCCGCCGGCGGCCAGACCCGACUAUUACAGGCAUUGCUCAUCUUCAGCACUGUAGCUACGGCCUCGGGAAUGGUAGUCCUACAACAAAGUUCCAUAGAGUGCUUGCAAGGCUUUCAAUGCCAAUAUGAUGUUCAGCUACAUUUCAAGGAUGCCCAUUCACGGAUCACCGGAAACCGCGGCGAGGAAAUGUGUGCGAUUUGUGAAGAAACACAGCCCGAUUUACUCGAACACUUGGGAACUCAUCCAGCCGGUGAUUCCCCGUACAUUUGUCGAGGGCAUGGCUGCGACUUUCGGACGUCCUCGCGGAUGCAGCUUUUUGAUCACUACGCGCAGAUACACCGUGAUACGAACAUGCUGUGGUGCCCCUUCUGCCCGUUCGUCAUUUUUCUGCCGCGCAAGCAUAUCCGGCUAAGGAACGAGGUCAAAAUAGACUGCUCGGCGUUGGUGGAUCAUUUUGUGGAGCAUCUAAAAGUUGAGCAAGCGCACCGAAUCCGCUACAAGUGCUCGUGCGGUGGCUUCAUGACUUUUGACCCGGACCGGUUUGCGGUGCACGCAAAGAGCUGCUUCAGUUCGGGCGGCGUUUUCCUGGAGAGCCUGCCGGAAAGAGCCUUGAUUUCUGCGCCACCUAGCAAAGAUGAGCUGCAAGAAGCCGCCUUCUUCGCGCUCGUCCCGUCAAAGAAACCGGCACCCUUCUCAUCGGCGCCCUUCAAAAAUCGAAUCACCUCGUUUCCACGGAUAGCAAAGAUUUGCAAUCUGGGUGACGAUACAUUGCCGGAGACAAAGCGGGAUUUGAUACGCGUGCGCGACAACGAUGUGGCUGCCAGCCUUGCCGUUUAUCGCCAGCUCUUCGCC